AUGGCCGCAGCGACCUCCAAAUCCUCAUGGAUCGCCCUCGGGUGCGAAGGCUCCGCCAACAAGCUCGGCAUUGGCCUCAUCCGCCACACCACAACCUCGACCACCAUUCUCUCCAACCUCCGACACACCUUCAUCUCCCCCCCAGGCACGGGCUUCCUCCCCAAAGACACGGCGCUGCACCACCGCACCGAGUUCGUCGCCCUUGCGCGCCGCGCCAUCGCCGAGGCCGGCAUCUCGCCCGCCGACGUCGACUGCAUCUGCUUCACCCAGGGUCCCGGCAUGGGCGCUCCGCUGACCAGCGUCGCCAUCGGAGCCCGCACCCUGGCUUUGCUGUGGGACAAGCCGCUGGUGGGCGUCAACCACUGCGUGGGACACAUCGAGAUGGGCCGUGACGUGACGGGCGCCGACAACCCCGUCGUGCUCUAUGUCAGCGGCGGCAACUCGCAGGUGAUUGCCUACGCCGAGAAGCGAUAUCGCAUCUUUGGCGAGACGCUCGACAUCGCCGUGGGCAACUGCCUCGACCGCUUCGCCCGCGUCCUCAACAUCAGCAACGACCCCGCGCCGGGCUACAACAUCGAGCAGCUGGCCAAGAAGGGCACCAAGCUGCUCGACCUCCCCUACGUCGUCAAGGGCAUGGACUGCUCCUUCUCCGGCAUCCUCGCCAGCGCAGAGGCCCUGGCCGCACAGCUCCUCAAGCUCGGCCCCGAAGGCGCAGGCUUCACCACCGAAGACCUGUGCUUCUCCCUGCAGGAGACCAUCUUCGCCAUGCUGGUCGAGAUCACCGAGCGGGCCAUGGCCCACGUGGGCAGCAGCGAGGUCCUCAUCGUCGGCGGCGUGGGCUGCAACGAGCGGCUGCAGGACAUGAUUGCGAGCAUGGCCAAGGAGCGAGGCGGCAGCGUCUUUGCCAUGGACGAAAGGUUCUGCAUCGACAAUGGCAUCAUGAUUGCGCAUGCCGGGCUGUUGGCGUAUAGAACGGGUUUCCGCACAUCACUUGAAGAUAGCGUGUGCACACAGCGUUUCAGAACGGACGAUGUAUAUGUAGAGUGGAGGGACUAG